ACACCGCGCGCUCUCCUGCCUCUCCUGUGUUAGAUAUAUAUUCCCCUUCCUUUUACAGGCUCUCCCGCCGUUCGUCUCUCUCUCUCUCUCUCUUUUUCUCUCCGCAAUUUUUUUCUCACCUCUUCUGUCCGCGCGGCCCCGCCGAGAGAGAGAGAAAGAACUUUUGCGUGGAAAAGCCGCGAAAACUACGUCACGAGUGACGGAUUCGGUCGAAACUGGGACAAAGUGCAGUGCACUCUGGCAUUGCGCUUUACCACCAGGUGUUUCUAUGCCGUAAUCUUCCCAGGAUUGAGUAAUACGCUCGUACCGUUGCACCUUGCUCUCUCGGAUAUCCCCUCGGAGCUGGUAUUGGCGAUUUAAGACUCUCUCUUUCGCCACGAUCGCUCUCUCGUCGUCGUGUCUCUCCCGACUCCGGGCGCCCACCGACUUCGGUAACGUAAUCGAAGGAGAGAAGAGUUGACAGGUUAGAUGACGGACUCAAGAUAGUCCCUCUGCUUGGUAACAUGUCAGAUGGAGUUGACGGUGGUGGUGGGGAAAACGAGGUAGACUCUCAUUCCUCUUCGCAAGCCGAGGCUGGGAACUCUUCCAAUCACCGAGAGGAAGAGACAUUGGAUCCUGACAACGAGGCGGCUCUCAAUACUAAUUACGACAGUAGUGAUGGAGCUGUUCCCGCAUUUAGAUGCGAUAGGUGUGACAAUUAUGAAACGAUAAACAAGACAGCUUUCUCGGCUCAUCAAGAUCAAUGUUUGGCGAGCGGCGAGGCAGGAGAGAAUGCUGAGGGGAUAGAAGGGGUGGAGAAUGACGGAGAUGGGGAAGAGGGUCAUUCAGGGAUUAGAUCUCACAGAAAGAUGUUCGAGUGCGACGUUUGUAACAUGAAAUUCUCCAAUGGGGCUAAUAUGAGACGGCACAAAAUGAGGCAUACAGGCGUGAAACCAUACGAGUGCCGGGUAUGUCAGAAGAGAUUCUUUCGGAAGGACCAUCUUGCGGAACACUUCACGACGCAUUCGAAGACUCUGCCGUACCAUUGCCCGAUAUGUAAUCGAGGAUUCCAAAGACAGAUCGCGAUGCGCGCUCAUUUUCAGAACGAACACGUUGGCCAGCACGACAUGGUCAAGUCGUGUCCUCUCUGCAAUUAUCGUGCGGCGACUAUGAAAUGUCUUAGGUUGCACUUUUUUAAUAGACACGGAAUAGAUUUAGAUAAUCCAGGACCAAAUAGCUCUACAUCUUUAAUGAAUAGUUGCACAUCCGGAGAGGCGAUGCCCUCGGCACCGCUGUCCGACAGCGGAGACAGCACCGGCAAUCGUUCGACCGACAACGCUACGCCCCCCAUGCAUUUCCUCACGCCUCACGUGGAGAUAUCCAUUCCUUAUCCCGAACAAGCUGCCAAUCAGCGAAAUCCGAGUCCUGCUCCGUUGAACGGAGACAGCCCUAACAGUCCGCAGAGCGCCGACAGCAAUAGCAACGCGCCGAGCAGUAGUCAUCACCAAUUAUCUAUCAAUAGCAGCACUAUCCAUAGGAACGUUGGCGGAGGUGACGAGGCCAUAACACCGUCGAUCUCCUUGAUACCCAUCAAGCAGGAGCCGAACAGCAACGGUAUGGACGACAGCGGCGCGACGUCGAGCAAUUUGCCGCUGCCGUCGUUGAUCAAAGUGUCGCCCUUGAAGUCGCUGCUGCGCGACGACCUGCGCCGUAAGCUCUCCACGAGCACCACCAACAACAACAACAACAACAACAACAGCAGCAGUAACAACAGCGGCGGCGGCGUUGCAAAUUCCAAUCCGCACUCGAGAGGCGAGCCGCCCACUUCGACCAGGCCUGAUCCACGCACGAGCGGUCUCCAGUGCACCCACUGUCGCAUCACGUUUCCGGAUCAGACAUUGUACUUUCUUCACAAGGGCUGUCACAGCGAGAGCAAUCCGUGGAAGUGCAAUAUUUGCGGGGAGCAGUGUUGUAAUCUUUACCAAUUCAACUCGCAUUUACUGAGCAAGAGUCACCAGUAGCUGGGGAAGAGAAAACACACACGCAAAAUUUAAGAGAAACUUGUAUAAUCGAAGAAUCUUUUCUCUUUUCACGUCUUCUUCUUCUUUUUCUUCUUCUUUUCGUUCAUCGUUUGGUGAACGAGGCUAAACAGCAAAAACACAAAACACAAACAAAAAGAAUCGACACGUAUGUCACAUACGUUUCAGUGUUCAUUAGCAGUGCAGCAAGUAUUUUCUGCGACGUGUCCGGGCAUACUCUUCGCCAAAGGUAUUUUCGAAAAGGCUUUACUUUUAAACGGCUUUACUUUUCAAAAAGGCGCAGGAACGCGAAAGGUAAAGCCUCGCUUUUUCUAUCGCUUAAGCGACGAGUCAAUAAUCGUACCUUGAAUUAUUCUUAAGAGAAAGACGGAGUAUGUCGCGACUAUGUCUUAGAAAAUAUAGCGCGAGACGCGCGACUAAUUGUGCCUUUUCUUUGAGAGAGAGAGAAAGAGAGAGACAGAGAAAGAAGGAGAGAGAUAGCAUAUAUUGCGAGAGAAAGAGAGAAAAAAAAAACAAGAAAAUUGCCAACAUACACUCGUCCGUCAUACUGUUAUAUUGUACGAACUAUCCGUCCAUAGGGCUUUAUCGAAGUUAUUCCAAGCUCUAUCAUUAGUCUUAAAUUAGUGACAUAAGUAUGAGAGAUAAAAAAAAAAAAAAAAAAAAACAAUUUAAAAAAACGGAUCGCACCGUCGAUAAUUCGCGAAAAGUGAAGAAACACUUUGUUCUAGCUGCGCCGUAAUUUGUUUUUUGGCGAGAGAAAAAUGACGUUGAAAAAAUUUUUCGGACAACUACAGAGAUACCUAUUUACGCGCGUUCGCGCGCGAUUUGUGAUUGCUCGAGACGAACGCGACACGCGAAACUCAUUUUGCAGAGAGAAAGAUGGAAAAGUGCAUUUAUUAUUGUGGUGUCGCAAAGCUCUCGCCGAAGAAAUGGAUGCGAAGAGAGUCAGACGAAAAAUUUUUAUAUUUACUCGCAAGCACGAAUGUGAGAACUUGUAGAAACUGUAGAAUUCGCACGGUAGAGGAAUUUUUUAAUCUAGUGGGAGGCAGAGAGCGUGUUUUUGAAAAAAAACAAAAAAAGACAUCGCGUAAAAUGUGAGUAAUCUGAAAUGUCGCGUUUGGUCGAAGGCACGUAUCGGUGCACGUUCUCGCGCGUAUCGAUACGCGUAAAUGUCAAUACGAAGCUCACGACAAUACAUCAGCUGCGAAGCACACGGUUUUGAAGUAUCGUCGUGGGGAUUCAUUUGUUCUUUCUUUUUUGUUUGUUUAUUUAGGUUAAAAACAAAAAAAAA